GUAGACUCUUAUGGUAGAUGCCUGAACAACCGAAAACUUCCCAAUAUGAGAUUGAUGGACACUUCUACAGCCACUACAGAAGACUCUGAAUUCAUGAUUUUUAUUUCUAAAUACAAAUUUCAUCUGGCUAUGGAGAAUGCCAUAUGUCCUGAUUAUAUGACAGAGAAACUUUGGAGGCCAAUGCAUGUAGGGGCUAUCCCUGUAUAUCGAGGUUCACCAUCUGUACGAGACUGGAUGCCCGAUGAUCAUUCCAUUAUUCUUAUUGAUGACUUUGGAAGCCCUAAAGAACUUGCAGAAUACAUUGAUUUCUUGGACAGGAACUCAGAUGAAUAUUUGAAAUAUCUCAACUACAAGAGUCCAGGUGGCAUUACAAACCAGUUCUUGCUCGAGAACAUGCGGAAGCGUGAAUGGGGAGUAAAUGACAUGUCCCUACCUAAUUAUUUAAAUGGAUUUGAGUGCUUCAUCUGUGACCAAGAAAAUGCAAGACUUAAUGCGGAGAGGGACCACAAAAAAACUCAUGGGAAAUCACGAGCUCCAGAAGUUCACAUAGCACAGACUACACACAUGGGGUGUUCUUUACCAGCACCCGGCUAUGGCAAUAUUGAAGACAUUCCUGAUGGAGACAGCUGGAAAGAAAUGUGGCUUCAAGAUUACUGGCAGAGUCUUGAUCAAGGGGAAGCUCUCACAGCUAUGAUUCACCAUAAUGAAUCUCAUCAAGGGAAGUUUUGGGAUUAUAUGCACAAAAUCUUCUUGAAAAGAACUCAGCAUUAACUAACCAAUUAGGAUUCUUUCAUGUUAUAUGAACAAUCGGCAGAAAAUGUACUCUUACCAACUUGCCUUACAUGACAACUGAAUGUGUUAAUCAGGCACAGAUACUACACACACCAUUCCGGAAAAAGACAAUAACAUUUUUGCUGAAAUAUUUUAAUCGAUUAGAAUUGAAUCAAUUGUUUUUAUAAAAUAUUUUUGUUAAAAGAGUGACUACCGCUGCAAUUCGUUAUAUACUAUUUUUCUGUGAAUAAAAAUUCUUCGUACCUACUGAGAAUUGAAAG